GCCGGGCCCGAGCGGGGUGGGUAGGGGACGCGAGGCGGAGCGGGGCCCCACACAGGCCGCGGCGGCUGGCUCGGGCCCCUACGGUCCCGGCGGCGGCUGGAGGAGGAAGCCAGGCGGCUGGCGGAGGAGGAGAGACGGAGGAGGCCGAGGCCGGAGCGCCGCUCGCCGCAGACUUACUUCCCCGGCUCAGCAGGGAAAGAUGGGAAAGCUUGAAGACCAAAGGAAGCCUUUAAAUGUCAGAUAGGGCCGAGACAAGCGUGCCCGGUGGUGGGGUACAGAGGCUGCAUCCUUGGAGUGAGUUCAGAAGUCUUGGCUAAGUGGGGCCUGGAGAAGGGAAGACACUGGCCCAGUGGUCACCUGGUUCCUAGAAGGUGAGUGCGGACGGUAUGCAAAGUUGUGAAUCCAGUGGCGACAGUGCGGAUGACCCUCUCAGUCGUGGCCUGCGGAGAAGGGGACAGCCUCGUGUGGUGGUGAUCGGCGCCGGCUUGGCUGGCCUGGCUGCAGCCAAAGCACUUCUUGAGCAGGGCUUCACGGAUGUCACUGUGCUCGAGGCUUCCAGCCACAUCGGAGGCCGCGUGCAGAGUGUGAAACUUGGACACGCCACCUUUGAGCUGGGAGCCACCUGGAUCCAUGGCUCCCAUGGGAACCCUAUCUAUCAUCUAGCAGAAGCCAAUGGCCUCCUGGAAGAGACAACUGAUGGGGAGCGCAGUGUGGGCCGCAUCAGCCUCUACUCCAAGAAUGGCGUGGCCUGCUACCUUACCAACCACGGCCACAGGAUCCCCAAGGACGUGGUUGAGGAAUUCAGCGAUUUAUACAACGAGGUCUAUAACUUGACCCAGGAGUUCUUCCGGCAUGAUAAACCAGUCAAUGCUGAAAGUCAAAAUAGUGUGGGAGUGUUCACCCGAGAGGAGGUGCGCAACCGCAUCAGGGAUGACCCUGAUGACCCAGAGGCCACCAAGCGCCUGAAGCUCGCCAUGAUCCAGCAGUACCUGAAGGUGGAGAGCUGUGAGAGCAGCUCACACAGCAUGGACGAGGUGUCCCUGAGCGCCUUCGGGGAGUGGACCGAGAUCCCCGGUGCUCACCACAUCAUCCCCUCUGGCUUCAUGCGGAUUGUGGAGCUGCUGGCGGAGGGCAUCCCCGCCCACGUCAUCCAGCUAGGGAAACCAGUCCGCUGUGUUCACUGGGACCAGGCCUCGGCCCGCCCCAGGGGCCCUGAGAUUGAGCCCCGGGGUGAGGGUGACCACAAUCAGGACACCGGGGAGGGUGGCCAGGCCGGAGAGGAGCCCCCGGGGAGCAGGUGGGAUGAGGAAGAGCAGUGGCCGGUGGUGGUGGAGUGCGAGGACUGCGAGCUGAUCCCAGCGGACCACGUGAUUGUGACUGUGUCGCUGGGCGUGCUGAAGAGGCAGUACACCAGCUUCUUCCGGCCAGGCCUGCCCACAGAGAAGGUGGCUGCCAUCCACCGCCUGGGCAUUGGCACCACUGACAAGAUCUUUCUGGAAUUCGAGGAGCCCUUCUGGGGCCCCGAGUGCAAUAGCUUACAGUUUGUGUGGGAGGAUGAGGCAGAGAGCCGCACCCUCACCUACCCACCCGAGCUCUGGUACCGCAAGAUCUGCGGUUUCGAUGUCCUCUACCCGCCUGAGCGCUACGGCCACGUGCUGAGUGGCUGGAUCUGCGGGGAGGAGGCCCUCGUCAUGGAGAAGUGUGAUGACGAGGCAGUGGCCGAGAUCUGCACAGAGAUGCUGCGUCAGUUCACAGGAAACCCCAACAUCCCCAAACCGCGGCGAAUUCUGCGCUCGGCCUGGGGCAGCAACCCCUACUUCCGCGGCUCCUAUUCAUACACGCAGGUGGGCUCCAGCGGGGCGGACGUGGAGAAGCUGGCUAAGCCCCUGCCGUAUACGGAGAGCUCAAAGACGGCGCAUGGAAGCUCCACAAAGCAGCAGCCUGGUCACCUUUUCUCUUCCAAGUGCCCAGAACAGCCCCUGGAUGCUAACAGGGGCUCCGUAAAGCCCAUGCAGGUGCUAUUUUCCGGUGAGGCCACCCACCGCAAGUACUAUUCCACCACCCAUGGUGCUCUGCUCUCUGGCCAGAGGGAGGCCGCCCGCCUCAUCGAGAUGUACCGAGACCUCUUCCAGCAGGGGACCUGAGGGCUGUCCUCGCUGCUGACAAGAGCCACUAACUCGUGACCUCCAGCCGGCUCCUUGCUGCCGUGUGUUCCUGCCUUCCUGAUCCUCUGUAGAACGGAUUUUUCUCUUCUGUAGAGCUCGCUGCCCUGACUGCCUUCAGACCCGGCCCUGUAGCUUUUCCUUUUCUCCGGGCUGUGAGCAGGUGGGCCGUUGAGUUACCUCUGUGCUGAAUCCCACGCCCCCUCUUCCUGUCCUCUGUCCCACCUUGUUAUUGUAAGUGCCUUCAAUACUUUGCAUUUUGGGAUAAUAAAAGAGGCUCCCUCCCCUGCCCCUCA